CGUCACUCAGGUUUUGUCUCGUACCGGAGCCUCCGUGCAGCAAUUUCCACACGCCGAAGUCAUGUCCAGCCUCCCCUCUCUAGCCGACGUCCAGUUCGAUCACGAUGGUAGAACCCUCUGGCCUAACAUACUCAGCGCGGAACAAGCAGCUCUGGAAGCAGCUCCGACAAAAUCUAGCGCAAAGUACAACAACUCGCUCAUUGGUAUCCGCUUUCUGGGAUUCUUGUUGCAGGAUCUUUGGCAACAUAACCAGCACUCCUUUGGUCUCACUCCGUAUCAAAGACUCAUCAAAGAGAUUGCAUCAUGCCUGUCAAUCUCCGGUCAGAUCCCUGCUAGCGAGGAAGAGGCUGAAGCGCAGCAUGGGCAGCUUCAGAACCUAGGAUUGUUCUACCGUAAUCACCUCAUCCGCAUUUUUCGUUCGAAUGGAGACCCGAUACCCCAAAGCUCGGAUCCUCCUUCCCGUCCAUCCAUGGACGUACUUCGAGAUAGGAUAACCAGAAAGAUGAAGACCCCAACAACGCCACGUAGUGCGCGUCAGAGUGCACUCAUGCGGGAUGGAUACCGCUGUAUGGUGACCGGCCAAUACGAUAUCCAUUCCGCCGAUGUUUACCCUGAGUUAAAUGAUCGUGCGGUCGCUGACGGUGAAGACACUUACAAUAUUGUUUCUAUCAAAGGCAAGCCAUUGAAAAUGGGCCUACCUCUUCCCUCGUGCGUCACCUUCCGGAUCGAUCCCGACGUGGUAGCAAGCUGCAAGAGGAAUCAAACCAAUCCGCCUGCGCUGCCUUCACCCUCUCUCCUCGCCAUACGCGCUGCCUGUUCGCGUGUUGCGCACCUGUCGGGGGCCGCUGAGCAAGUCGACCAGAUUCUCCGUGAUCUAGAGGAUAGGCCUGUGAUGGCAGAGGACGGCGGCAGUGCUCAUCUUCUCGAGUCGCGCCUGCUGCAGUUGUCGCGUGCUGUUUCUAUUGAGGCCUAGUGCCCCCAGGAGGGCCCUCUUCUCAUUUCAGUCGCGUUUAGGAGUGCAUGAUGAUUAUUGAAACACUCUUCAUCGCAGAAUCUUGGAACCUAGCAACAAUCCUUCAGACGAUGGAAUUGGAUCAUGGACAUCGCUGGCCCGGAGCGGAGCUCAGCGCGCCACGACCAGACCAGCAUUCCACCCACGAGAAGAAACAGCCACGCAUCGCACAGAAUUAGUAACAACGCGAGAGCAAGCCCUCCCGCCGCAAGAGCACACGGAUCAGACUGCGGCAAUUAGCCAGCGGAGGUCGAGUCCAUGACCACAAUGAAUCAUGUCAUCGGAGACAUGGGCAAAAAGAAGAUGUAGAGAUACAGAACUAUUUAUCACUGUCCCGAUCGA